AUGGAGAAGCUCCUGUGGUGCUCACUGGUCCUGAUCAGCCUCUCUCAGACUUUUGCCCAGAAAGAUAUGUCUAAAAUGGCCUUCGUAUUUCCCAAAGAGUCCGACAAUUCCUAUGUGUCCCUGGAAGCACAGACAAAGAAGCCACUGAAAGCCUUCACUGUGUGUCUCCACAUCUACACAGAACUGAGCACAACCCGUGGCUUCAGUAUUUUCUCUUAUGCUACCAAGAAAAACCCUAAUGACAUCCUCAUAUUUUGGUCUAAGGAUAGAGGGUAUACUGUUGGAGUGGGUGGGCCUGAAGUACUAUUCAAGGCUUCAGAAAUUCCUGAAGCUCCAACACACAUCUGUGCCAUCUGGGAGUCUGCUACAGGGAUUUCAGAGUUAUGGAUUGAUGGGAAACCCAAGGUGCGGAGAAUUCUGCAGAAGGGCUACACUGUGGGGACAGAUGCAAGCAUCAUCCUGGGGCAGGAGCAGGACUCAUAUGGUGGUGGUUUUGAUGCAAAGCAGUCUUUGGUGGGAGACAUUGGAGAUGUGAACAUGUGGGACAUUGUGCUAUCUCCAGAACAGAUAAACACAGUUUAUGUUGGUGGGACACUCAGCCCCAGUGUUUUGAACUGGCAGGAACUGAAGUAUAAUGCACAGGGUGACGUGUUUAUCAAGCCCCAGCUGUGGCCCUGA